CCACACGCCGGCAGCCGCUCUUCUCGAUGGUCUGCUCCGUGGGCGGGGCCACCAGCGGAAGUCGGGCGGAAGAAGCUUCGGAAGCGGCUGUGGGGUCGUGGGGACGGCGCGAGGUGCGGCGUCGCACCUCCUUCUGGUUCCCACGGUGCCAGCGACGCCCGCACCAUGUCGGCGUACCCGAAAAGCUGCAACCCGUUCGACGACGACGAUGACGCGGAAGACGAGGGUGCCCGGCCGGUCCCAUGGCGGGAGAGCCGUGACCUCGCCGACGGGCCCAUGGAUCGGCAGCAGUACCUGAGGCAGGAGGUGCUUCACAGGGCCGAGGCCAUGGCCGCCAGCACCAAUAGGUCGCUGUCGCUCAUGUACGAGUCCGAAAAGGUCGGGGUCGCCUCCUCUGAGGAACUUGUACGUCAGCGAGGAGUCUUAGAACGCACAGAGAAGAUGGUGGACAAAAUGGAUCAAGAUCUGAAGACCAGCCAGCGGCACAUCAACAGCAUCAAGAGUGUGUUUGGGGGCCUCGUCAAUUACUUCAAAUCCAAGCCAGCAGAGACACCCCCAGAACAGAACGGCACCGUCACACCCCAGCCCAGCAGCAGAUUGAAAGAAGCUAUCAGUACGAGUAAAGAACAGGAGGCGAAGUACCAGGACAGCCACCCAAACCUCAGGAAGCUGGACGAUCUCGACUCCAGCCCUGGAGGGGCCGGCUCUGUGAGCAGCGCUGACGCUUACCCCAAGAACGCACACCUGCGCGCUUAUCACCAGAAGAUCGACAGCAACCUAGACGAGCUGUCCGUGGGACUGGGCCGGCUGAAGAACAUAGCCCUGGGGAUGCAGACAGAAAUUGAGGAGCAAGACGACAUUCUUGACCGGCUGACCACCAAAGUGGACAAGUUAGACCUUAAUAUAAAAAGCACAGAAAAGAAAGUUCGACAGCUCUAAAAAACCGAAAAGGACCUCCACCCCUUGGUGAGGAAGAGACUUCAACAGAUCUUUAAAAACUCCCAAGAAAUCUCAUUUCUUAUUUUAGUAUGUCAUUUCAUAUGUGUUUGCACAAAUGUUCUAAAAGAGUGGGUCUGAAGAGAUUUUUGUUGCCCUGAGGAACUGUGUGUCGCAUGUUUUCUUAGGGCCGACUCCUCUUAAGUUCUCUCAGCCAGUGUGAAAUGAAUACCUAGGGCCUUUGAUGACCAUGUUGGAAUGAGAAGAAAAGUUGUAUUUCUCACUUUCACGAGUAUGUGGAAAGGUGUGGGCAGAACUUCAGUGUUGUACCCGCCAACUGCUUUUUCCCUGUUUGAUGUAUUACUCAUUCCUAGGCCAUACAUGAGUCAGAAUGUU